AUGCUAUUCAAAGUCAAGCAUAAAAAAACUAUUCAGUUUGGCGAUUUUCGAAAUGAAUUGAUUCGACAACUGAUUGAAAGACAUGCUCAGCCCAAAACUCCAACUGGCCGUCCGACUAUUGGAGAUAAUCCCAAACGUCUUACUGCACGUCAUUUUCCAUCUUUAGUUCCACCAACAGCAACAGGAAAAAUUGCACGAAUAUCCUGUAUAGUUUGUACUCAUACAAGCAGACGAGAGAAAAAACGUACCGAUACGCGUUAUCAGUGUGAUGUUUGUGACGUUGGACUUUCAGAUUGUGAAAGUGUUGACGACAAUUCGUGGAGGGAUGUAUGCUUUGAUUUUUCGUCAGGUGAUGAAGAGGCCGUGCGAAAUGGUUUAUCUGCUACUGUAUUAGAUCCCAAAGAGGGAACAUGCUGUUUCGGUUCCACAUUGUAUUUUAAUAGCUCACAUUCAGUCUUUGUACCUAGUAAAUAUGGAUCAGAAAAUCUUUUUUUCGGUGAGAAAUAAGCAAGGAGUAAACACGUUAAUUUCCUAGUUUCUCUCACCUUCUAAUAAAACUUUUCCAUUUCGCUGUACACCGUUGAUUUCUAUAGGAUAUAGUGAAUACUUUUCAAUAUCAUUCGUCUUAGUCUUAACGUAUGUUCUUGGCACAACUUCAAUACCGCUAUAAUCUUCCCAGCGCACGGUACAGUAUUGUGCUUCCUGUUCUUGACAAUCUAUGAAUGCUACAACGAGAAUUCGCAUUCAUAUUAAAAUUCAUUAACGAGU